AUGAAUUCAACUUCGUGGUACGACCCGUUGCCUUCGGCUUCGACGCCAUCUCAAAUGGAUGAUGAGAGGAGUAGAUUCAUCUUGGAUGUGGUGUGGACCAUCUUAGCCGCCUUGGGUGUGGUCGGAAACGUGUUUGUCCUGGUCGUCAUAGGGAGUGUCAAAGAGCUGCAAGGCGUUACCAAUAUUCUCAUCGCAAACCAGUCCCUGAUCGACCUACUGACAUCUCUUCUUGUUUUCCUUUGGUGGGUUCCUCCACUACCAAUCAGUGAAGACAACCGCAUCCGCGCCAAAAUCAUCUGCGCGACUUUCGACAACAGGUACUUCUUCUGGUCAUCCGUAGCUGCGUCCACAUUCAAUCUGGUCUUCAUCAGUCUGGAGCGUUACUAUACCGUCUUACAUCCCUUCAAAUACAAGAAGAAUAUCACAACCAAGAGGGCAUUGUAG